GGAUGGGAGAGUGGCGGGGGGCGAGUCCGCGGCCGGAGGAGCCUGGCUGCGGGUCGGUCGUGGGGGCUGCUGCUGGAGGGGCUGAGCCCGCCAUGGAGCCGGUGACCAGGUGGAGCCCGAAGCAAGUGGGUGACUGGACUAAGGGCCUGGAUGAUUGCCUGCAGCAAUAUGUCCAUAAAUUUGAACGAGAAAAGAUUAAUGGUGAACAACUCCUACAGAUUUCUCACCAGGACCUUGAAGAGUUGGGUAUCUCACGGAUUGGACAUCAGGAACUGGUUCUAGAGGCUGUGGAUCUCCUGUGUGCACUGAACUAUGGCCUUGAAACAGACAACAUGAAGAAUCUGGUUCUCAAGCUGCGAGCGUCAUCCAACAACCUGCAAAAUUACAUCAGCAGCCGUAGGAAAAGCUCAAAUUAUGAUGGAAAUACCUCUCGCAAGCCCCCCAAUGAAUUCCUUACUUCUGUGGUAGAGCUUAUUGGUGCUGCUAAAGCCUUGCUUGCAUGGUUGGACAGGACCCCAUUUACAGGUAUUGCUGACUUUUCAUCAAUGAAGAACAGAAUCAUUCAGCUCUGCUUGGAUCUCACUACUACUGUUCAGAAGGAUUGCACUGUGGCUGACAUGGAAGAUAAAGUCCAGACUGUGGCCAAGACUUUAAAUGGCAUUUGUGAUAAAGCCAUUCGAUCAACUACAGAUCCAUUGAUGAGCCAGUGUGCCUGUCUGGAGGAGGUUCACUUAACCAACAUUAAACCUGGGGAAGGCCUGGGAAUGUACAUAAAAUCAACUUAUGAUGGAUUGCAUGUGAUUACUGGAACUACAGAAAAUUCCCCUGCUGAUCGCUCUCAGAAGAUUCAUGCUGGCGAUGAAGUGAUCCAAGUUAAUCGGCAAACUGUGGUUGGAUGGCAGCUAAAAAAUCUGGUGGCAAAGUUGAGAGAGAAUCCUGCUGGAGUUAGACUGCUGCUUAAAAAACGUCCUACUGGCUCUUUCCAUUUUACUCCUGCUCCAUUAAAGAACCUGCGCUGGAAACCACCCUUGGUGCAGACCAGUCCUCCACCAACUUCAACUCAGUCACCAGAAAGCACCGUGGAUACCUCACUGAAGAAAGAGAAGCCAGCCAUUUUGGAUCUGUACAUACCCCCUCCACCAGCUGUUCCAUAUUCUCCUCGAGAUGAAAAGGGGAGUUUUGUGUAUGGAGGAGGCAACAAACACAGUCAACCAUUAGCUGGGUCCAAGGGGGCCGAGUCUCCCAAUUCUUUUCUGGAUCAGGAGAGUCGAAGACGAAGGUUUACUAUUGCUGAUUCAGAUCAGUUGCCUGGGUAUCCUCUGGAAGUAAAUAUCCUACCAGCCAAGAUGAGGGAAAAAACACAGUCCUAUGGAAAACCUCGUCCAUUGUCAAUGCCUGCUGAUGGAAGCUGGAUAGGAGCUGCAGAACGCUUCUCUAGGCCACGAGGAUUAGGGAGAAAAGGUGAAGAUGUCCUCUGCAGGUACUUCAGUAAUGAAAGGAUACCCCCAAUCAUUGAAGAAAGCCCCUCCACGCAGUACCCCCUCUCCAGGCCAGUGUCCGACAAGCAGUUAGCGAAGGGAACGGAUUAUAUUCGAGGCAGCAGGUGUUUUAUGAAUACAGACCUCCACAACAGCGCAACGAUUCCUUUUCAAGAGGAAGGUGCUAAAAAAUCGUCAGUUACAUCAUCCACAAAACACUCCUCUGCAGAACCCUCGCUGCUGGUCAGUUGGAUCACAAGACUGAAAUUGUUGACUCACUGACUAUUGUCCACAGUACUGUUACCAAGUGCCUUUGCUCAUCGAUCAGACUUCUCUACUUUUCAGCUUAACUGACGCAUAGUGACUAAUGCAGUGUUCUUUUCCUGGAGAACCUUACAUUUUUGCCUUUUUGUGACUUUUGACAGAUCAGAGGGUGUCAUAGUGCAAGGAGGGGAAAAAAGAUAAAGAUCAAGUUCCUCUUCCUGGCCAAAAGCUGAAGGCGUUUAUUCCCAUGGAAAUAAGUAGAAUUCAGUGAGACAGAGGCCACACAUGACCUGGAAUGUGCAUAGUGACUCAGAAGAAAGAAUUGUGUUACUGUGAAGUCCAGUGGCACUUUAGUUGUCUGAAUGCUCAGAGACUGGUGUGACUGGCUGGGUGUCAGAGUAUGCAGAGCUCAGCACAAGUUGCGUUGCAUUACUCUCCUGACCAGGAAGGAUAAGCAGAGAAACAGUGGUUUUGUGCAACUUACUGAUGCUGUUGCAAAUACUGCGUGAGAUCAACCUUGUGAGGAAGCAGUAAUAGUGUUGCUGUUCUUUCUCUGAUACCAGAAAUUCUAUGAAGGCUUAGGAAGAGAGUUCUCUCAUUCAGAGAUUUUAGGAAAUUGGACUAAUUUAAUUAUAAAUCAAUCCAACCUGAUAUAUAAACUAUUUUAUUGAAAUCACAGUAGAAAUAAAGUGCACUGAACAACUGCA